UUUCAUAGGUAUUAACAAAGUUUGUAGUGUAUGGUCUCCUUUUAAAUACCGUAAACAUUUUGAUUCUAGCCACUGAUCCUUUCAAAAUCUCUGAUCCUUUAGCUCUACUUGCCAUGGCACUGCAUUUCAAAUCGUGCUUUCACUACCUCAAACCUCAAACUAUUGGAACAAAGGCACAACUUUCUCAAAACUCUGACAAUGUCAAAUUUGAUUUUCUACCAACAGCUAAUAAAUGGAACAUUCUUCAAGAAAACCUGUCUACAGCAUGCAGAAACUCAGAUGAUCUCAGCAAUAACCAGGCAGGGAAAUUGAAGGUUCUUAAGCGUGUGUUUACCAAUAUCGUUAAUGUUAAUGAAUGUUCACCGCAAGGAAUUUACAUGAUCGAUGCAAUACAGCGCUUAAAUAUUGAUUACCACUUCCAAGAGGAAAUUGAUGCAUUCUUAGAGAGGCAAUAUGUGAUUUCCACCACCAAUUGGGAUGCCUUCGGCAACGAUCUCCAUCAGAUUGCACUAUACUUUCGUUUAUUUAGACAACAAGGUUAUUAUGUGCCAGCAGAUGUGUUUGACAAGUUCACAAACAAGGAGGGAAAGUUCAACCAAAAUCUUGGUGGAAAUAUUAAGGGAAUGAUAGAUUUAUACGAAGCCUCACAGUUAAGCGUAGCGGGGGAAGACAUGCUCGAUGAGGCAGCACAAUUUAGUGGGCUAGUGUUGAAGGAAAAGAUGGCUUGCCUUGAUGAUCAUGAAGCUAAGUUUGUAAGAAAAACCUUAGAACACCCUUUUCACAAAAGCAUGGCAAUGUUCACCGCUCAAGAUUUCUUUGGAGAUUUCCAUGGCAUGAAUGGAUGGUUAGGUUCCUUCAAACAAGUGGCAAAAUUGGAUUUCAGUUUGUUGCAACGCUUACACCAGCAGGAAAUUAUUCAAGUUUCGAAAUGGUGGACAGAACUUGGUUUAGCUAAUGAGUUAAAACUUGCCAGAAAUCAACCACUGAAAUGGUAUAUUUGGUCCUUGGCAUGCCUCACGGAUCCUACUUUAUCAGAAGAAAGGAUUGAGCUCACAAAACCAAUCUCUUUCAUCUAUUUAAUAGAUGAUAUUUUCGAUGUGUAUGGUACGCUUGAUGAAUUAAGACUUUUCACAGAUGUUGUUUCCAGAUGGGAUAUUACAGCUUCUGAGCAGCUACCUGAUAACAUGAAGAUAUGUUUCAAGGCACUCUAUGAUCUCAUUAAUGAAAUUAGUUCCAAGAUCUACCAGAAGAAAGGGUGGGACCCCACUGAUUCUCUUCGAAAUGCGGUAAAAUGGAAGAGUUUGUGCAAAGCGUUCCUGGUUGAAGCAGAAUGGUUUGCUAAUGGGAACAUGCCGAGUGCUGAAGAGUACUUAAAGAAUGGGAUAGUGAGCUCUGGAGUGCACAUUGUGCUUGUUCAUAUUUUCUUUCUUUUGGGUCAAGGAUUAACCGAGGAAAAUGUUCACACCAUAGAUGGAAUUCCAUCCAUUCUUUCUUCCUCGGCAACAAUUCUUCGCCUUUGGGAUGACAUGGGAAAUGCAGAGGAUUAGUGGCUGGUGUCGGUGAUGACAUGGAUGUGACCACAAUGCUCGCUAACCGAGCCAAAGCCGCAAAGGCAAGCGGGAAAGUUCCGCCUCCUCGGUCGGCCUUGAAGAUUCAACGGGAGAAGCCGUCCAACGUCUUGGUUCUAUUGGGCGAUCCAAAGAGGAAGACCAGCUCAGCUCGAGUGAGGUCAUCUGAGCCGAUUACUGAGACAGAUUGCCUGAGCUUGUCCAUGAAAUGCUAGAAGCAACCGACCUUGGAGCAGUCGAGCUAUGGCGCCUUCGCUCUGCCGGCGGUCGUGGCCAGAUCCAACUUUCUUGUGCCCUCCACCCAAACCGAGAACCUAGUUGGCCUGGACCUGACCUCCAAUGGCGGACUUCAGUACUUAGAGGGAAUGUCCUCAGAUGCCGAGUAUAAGCUCUUCUGUGAGCUCGAUGCUCGGACUUCGUUGGUCGCGAAGCACAUUAUGAAGAGGUCGACGAUUGGGGAGGGUCGGCUUCAGGGGCGUCUUAGGGAGGCCGAGAACAAUUUACAAGAGGCGUUGAAUGCCAAUGCUAGGAUCACCGCAUCGGCUGAGGAGCUUAAAAAGGCUGCCGAUGCACAUAGGAGGGAAGUGAAGCUAACUGUGCAAAAGCUUCAGGCCGAGGCCGCCUCUGCGACUAGUGAGAUUGCUUGGCUGAAUGAGGCUGCUGCGAAGCUUAAAGCCGAUGCUACCGAGAAAAUUCUUGCACAGCAUGACGUCGGCUUUCAACACACUGUCUGACAGGCGUUCUAUUUCUAUGAAUUGCCCUCGGACUUUGAGUUCGACGUCAGCCGGGACUUUUAUGGGGGAAAAUUUAUAAGUUAUGCCGAGUUUCCCUACGGAGCGAAGCCUGAUGAGGAGGCUCCCCCUCGAGGGAUUUUGACCCACGCCCCCGAGACAGGGGAAGAGGAUGUCGAGAUCAACGUGACCGGCGACGGGAAUGCAGUUGUCUCGACUGCUGUGUGAAGGGUUGCUCGGGGUGGGGGUAAGUUAGGCUUCUUAGGACUUGUAACCGGGCCGUCAGUGCCUUUUGUAAUUCGUCUCUACCAUUGGCGCCGAUGAGACCUAAUUUUUUGUGUAAUUAGCCGUGUUUGAUCGGCCAUACUUGAAUGAUAGUUUAUUUUGCUUUAAUUUUUUUUGCGAUGUUCAAUAAUGUUUAACCAUAUAAAUACGUAACCGAAUUGUAUGCUCGGCAAAGGAUAGCAUUUCCGUUGGGGCAUUCCAUUGUAGUAUUUUGCCCGAUGGGUGUUUAGGAUAUCCCUCGACGCGGGGUAUGCUCGGAAAAGGGAGUAGGCUUUGUGAUUAGGGGUCAACCCCAUAUCUUCCGUGAGCGGAGUGCUCGGCCGAAGGAGUGACAGACCAAGGUGUGUCCUUAGUCGAGGGGGGUACUCGGGAGGAAUCUGUCGGGCUCGAGAUUUAAGGGAGUGCUCGGUGUGAGGUGUCGGUAACAGAGUACUCGAUUUAGAAGCAAUUGGUCAAGAUACAUCCUUGGUCGAGGAGGGUCCUCGGGAGGGAAACCUGUUAGAGUGCUCAGCCCUGGUACAUCCUUAACCGAGGAGGGUACUCGGGAGGGAAACCUGUUGGGCUCAAGUGCACGGCUUGAGCGGAGUGAUCGACAUACGUCUUUGUCGACGGUUUGGCCGAGAAUUGCACUCGGCGUUGGGGCAUGCUUAGGUCAAAAUUAGACGUUAGAGUGCUCAGCCCAGGUACAUCCUUAGCCGAGGAGAGUACUCAGGAGGGAAACCUGUCGGGCUCGAGGGCACGACUGGACGAAGUAAUCGGCAUACGUCUAGCGACAAUGUUUGGCCAAGAAAAGUACUCAGCGUGGGUGCGUGCUUAGGCCGAAAUUAGACGUUAGAGUGCUCGGCCCAAUGGUGGAGUAGUUCCUUCCAUGGAUGAUGAUAGUGUGAUGAAGGGAGACUCCUUGCCCUUGAUCUAGGUUCACCAAGGGGGGGACAAAAGGGAGGUUUAUGGUGACAAGGGAAGCUAGCCGUGAAAUGGUUGGCGGAAGUGUUUAGGGUGGCGGAAGCAUAUGGUGAAAGGUGUUUGGUGCUCACAAGGUUGGCUCACUCCAAGUGUAGAUAGAGGCCAAUCUAGGGUUUCACUCUCCAAAGGUGGAGAAUGAAGGUGG